AUGGCAGCCUCGCAGCAACCGCUCGGAGUGCCUCUCACGGAUCCUGCCCAGCUCGCAGCCUACGAGUCCUCCCCCGCAGCAAUCUUCCCCUCCUUCACCGCCGACACCGCUUGGUCGCUCGGUCUCGCCCUCCGCGCGCGAAUCCUUUCGCUACCGGACGGCCGACGGAAACCAGCGCUGAUCUCGAUCGCCCUCACGACAGGAUCGCAACAACCUCACGUCGUCUUCCAGAGCGCGACUGAGUCCGGUACCGUCCCCGAUAAUGAGGUCUGGGUGCGGCGGAAGCGCAACACCGUCCUGCGCUGGGGCAUGUCCACCUGGCUCCUACGGCGGAAGAUGUUGAGCGCGACGACAGACGUAGAUCAGGUGGAGGCGGCGUUCGUGAAAAAGUACGCGUUGCCCAGCUCCAACGGUGGCAGUGUGGCCGAUGACUAUGCGAUUCAUGGAGGCGGGUUCCCCAUCCGGGUGCGAGGUGUCGACGGGUUGGUCGGGGUCAUCGUCGUGAGUGGAUUGAAACAGGAGGAUGACCAUCAAGUCAUCGUCGAGGUAGUCAAGGACUUCAUCGAGGGUGGACAAUAG